AAUCCACCACAGUAAUUUUGGUUCAGAAAUAAAGCAGGUAAAUGCGGUAUCCUCAUAGCGAUUUCUCACAGAGUUCAUAGGAAACAGGGAGCAUGGUGUCAGAAAAAGAAAAACUAUAUUAUUAGGAACUUAAAAGAGAAAGAGAGGAAACUAGACAGGGAAAAAACAGGAAGCAGGACAGUUGCUGUUACAGUGUUAAUGAUUAAGGAUUUAAAGAUGAGAGCUGUGAGUAUUUUUUUGAACCUGUACUGAACAUCACAAAAAGCACAAGUCCUUUUAACAAGUACUGACACUGAAAACUCUUUUUCUAUUCUCAGUCAGUAUGCCUUCUGUUUAAAGGAGUAACUACUACAUUUAAUGGAAAUGGAGGUUUUUAAGAUUCUUGUACUGCUUCAGGCUCUUGUUCUCUGUCAAGCUAAACUGUACAUAAACCAGGCCUCCACACCGUGCUCCUGGGCUAUAACCUCUGCAGAAGAAAAUCAGAGUUUGGAUGUGGCUAUUUUCACUAAGCAAUCCCUUUUACCACUUGCUACUCGGAUCUGUCAGGGCCUCGGCUGUGGUAAAGUCUACAAGCUAAAUGAGAACACUGCACAUGGAAAUGCGAGCUGUCUCACAGGCUGCAGCUACCACAACAACCAGCUGAUCAACUGCUCAAAGGUUCAUAGCAUCGACUGCAGCAUUCUCUCUGGGGCUGUUUGUGAUGCUCCCUACAUAAUCCCAGCAAAUAACCAUUGUGUCUGGAAAAUAACAUCUCCAGCACCUGAAUCCGCAGUCAUUUUAACCCCAGAGUCCCUGCUCAGACUGUCCAAUGAAAUAUGUCAGAACUUCAACUGUGGAGAAGCGUUUCCACAGAAUAACACAAAAGCACCAGACAACAGUUCCUGUCUCACUGAUUGCAUCUAUCACAACUCCUAUUUAAGGAACUGUUCCACUGUGGUCAGAAAUGACUGCACAAAUAUGUCUGAAGUCAUCUGUGGUAAACACGAAGUCAGAUUGUCUGGAGGUAGCCAUAAAUGUGCUGGACGGGUGGAGCUGUGGAACGCUGGACAGUGGGGAACAGUGUGUGAUGAUGAGUGGGAUAAGCAGGAUGCAGAUGUGGUCUGUGCUCAGCUGAACUGUGGAUAUGCAAUCUCUGUUAAUGGGCAGGACGGCCCCUAUACACAGGGUAAAGGUCGUAUUCUCAUGGAUGAGCUGAACUGCACAGGGAAGGAGAGGAGCCUGUGGGAGUGUCCUGCAGUCAGGGAAGGUCAUGACUGUGGACAUAAGGAAGAUGCUGGAGUGGUGUGUUCAGAAUAUAAGGCUCUGAGACUCACUGGUGGACUGGACCGUUGCUCAGGCAGAGUGGAAAUCCAUCGGAACGGUUCAUGGGGUACAGUGUGUAAUGAAUGCUGGGAUAAGCAAGAGGCAUCCAUGGCUUGUUCCAUGUUGGGCUGUGGGACAGCAAAAAAAUUUGAAGCCUUUGAGACACAUUUUACCCACACAAAUGGAUCACUGUGGUAUUACUUUUGUAAGGGUGGCCAUAAAACCCUUUGGGAGUGUCUGGAGAUAGAAACAAGUAAAGUCUCACAUUUACAACAGACCUGCAGAAACUCAAUGGCUGCAGGAGUGAUUUGUAAUAACUCUCUUGGCCUGCCUGUACCAACCACUCCAGUUGUAAGUACGACAACAGUAACAACAAUGCAACCCAACCCAGAUGCUCUCACAAUGAUUUGGACUCCUGAAUUACUGGGCUGCAUCAUACUAUCCUGCAUUCUUUUAAUUGCAAUUCUCUCGAAUAUAAUCAUGUGUUGCUGUUCAAAAAAGAAAAGAAAAGCUCUUGAGGUUCAGCAGAGAUUUGCCAGUUUACAAACCAAUGCUGCAGCUGAAGAGAACAACUAUAGAGAUUCAAUCCACCUUGUUAAAGUCACCAACAAUGACACGGAUGCCGCUCCACCCAUCCCACCACAAAUAUGGACUCAGAGUAGUGUAGAAAGUACUUCCUAUGAUACAGACUACGAAGCCAAUGACAGCGCUCCAAGUGGUGAUUUCACCCUGUCCACCUUCCGCAACUCUAUGCGGCAUAAUGCAGAUGGUCGACCUCCUGCUGUGAAGGGCCCACAUCUGCAGAUGGUUACUGAAGAGGACACAAGUGCUGGAGUGCAAGGAUACCUACAAGCCCCCUUCGAUACAUUUCAGCGUCUCUCUGCAACACCUAGUGCGGACUCAUUUGACACAUCCAGCACCUCAUCUGGGGAGGUUUAUGAAAAUACAGGUCACAACACAGCAGAUCUGUACAUGGAGAAUUAUGAACAUCCUGGAGAAAUCAUAAGUGACCUGCCACUUGGAGUGUCUGGAGAGAGUAUCAACCCGAGUGGUGGAGAAGAUUCCCCUAUUUACUCUCCUGUAUCCGCUGAUGUAGAUUUCAUCUCACAUGACACUGAUGACCAUGGCGAAAGUGAUGACUAUGAUGAUGUUGUUGGUUACCCACAGACACCACUGAUGUAUUGAGUUCCUUUUUUAAAAUUCAUUCUGAAUUUAAAAUUCCUGAGAAUCCCAUUUUCUUGUACCUUCUGCAAUUACAGUAUGUUUCACUUCUGUGUUAUGAAUAGUGUGUGAUAAUGUAAAGACACAGUGGCCAUGUAUUUAGAGUACUGAUCUAAAAUAGGUUUUGUGUGUGUGUGUCUGUCUGUCUGUCUGUCUGUCUAUUUGCACUAAAACGAAAACAACAGCAGUUUCAGUCUGAGCAUGUUAAUAUGUAUGUAUACUUACAUCUGGAAGACCAGAACAAUAGUAAGAAAUAGACUCAUAUAAAAAAAAAAAGUUACAUAAAAUGUUGGCCAGUUUAUCUUUUAUUUAAAAAAUGUGAAAAGUUGG